UUGCGUUCGGUUUUUCUUCAUCAUUCUCAGUUUGGAAGGCGUCCUUGUAAGCUGCUCCAAGCCGAGCUUUUCUGUGAAGAAAAUUAUUUCCCUCAAUUUGUGCUAAUCACUUCGGUGUGUGAAAACCUCAUUCUACAAAAUGCGUGAAUGUAUCUCCGUACACGUUGGCCAGGCCGGUGUCCAGAUCGGUAAUGCCUGCUGGGAGUUGUACUGUCUGGAGCAUGGAAUCCAACCGGACGGUCAGAUGCCCUCGGACAAGACCAUCGGAGGAGGAGACGACUCGUUCAACACCUUCUUCAGCGAGACCGGAGCCGGCAAGCAUGUUCCCCGUGCCGUUUUCGUCGAUCUGGAACCAACUGUCGUCGAUGAAGUCCGCACCGGAACCUACCGCCAGCUGUUCCACCCGGAACAGUUGAUCACCGGCAAGGAAGACGCCGCUAACAACUACGCCCGUGGUCACUACACCAUCGGAAAGGAAAUCGUCGAUGUUGUCCUGGACCGCAUCCGCAAGUUGGCCGAUCAGUGCACUGGUCUGCAAGGUUUCCUCAUCUUCCACUCGUUCGGAGGAGGUACCGGAUCCGGUUUCACCUCUCUGCUGAUGGAGCGUCUCUCUGUUGACUACGGCAAGAAGUCCAAGCUCGAAUUCGCCAUCUACCCAGCUCCUCAGGUUUCGACCGCCGUUGUUGAACCAUACAACUCGAUUCUGACGACCCACACUACCCUGGAACAUUCCGACUGCGCAUUUAUGGUUGACAACGAGGCUAUCUAUGACAUCUGCCGUCGUAAUUUGGACAUUGAGCGCCCAACCUACACCAACCUGAACCGUUUGAUUGGCCAGAUCGUCUCUUCGAUCACCGCUUCGCUGCGAUUCGAUGGUGCCCUGAACGUCGAUCUGACUGAAUUCCAGACCAACUUGGUGCCGUACCCACGUAUCCAUUUCCCGUUGGUCACCUACGCUCCGGUCAUCUCGGCUGAGAAGGCCUACCACGAACAGCUGUCGGUGGCUGAAAUCACCAAUGCCUGUUUCGAACCGGCCAACCAGAUGGUCAAGUGUGACCCACGUCACGGCAAGUACAUGGCCUGUUGCAUGUUGUACCGUGGAGAUGUCGUUCCUAAGGAUGUCAACGCUGCCAUUGCCACCAUCAAGACCAAGCGUACGAUCCAAUUCGUCGAUUGGUGUCCAACUGGCUUCAAGGUCGGUAUCAACUACCAGCCACCAACCGUCGUUCCAGGUGGUGACCUCGCCAAGGUCCAGCGUGCCGUGUGCAUGUUGUCCAACACGACUGCCAUCGCCGAGGCCUGGGCUCGUCUGGAUCACAAGUUCGAUCUGAUGUACGCCAAGCGUGCCUUCGUCCACUGGUACGUCGGUGAGGGUAUGGAGGAAGGUGAAUUCUCCGAGGCCCGUGAAGAUUUGGCUGCCCUCGAGAAGGAUUACGAAGAAGUCGGCAUGGACUCCGGCGAAGGCGAGGGUGAGGGUGCUGAGGAAUACUAAAUCCGUCACAAGCAAUCUCACUACCGAGAGAACGGUCAAUGUUGACCGAAGCGUGGCUCAAAGAAAAGAGGAAAUAAUUGAAUAAAUUGCUCUCGAAUUAAA